AUGUCGACGCAUAAAUUCAUCGAGUAUAUGAACAUCAGCUCGUUGAAUAUGAUGGGCGUUUUUAAUGAUAGCCUAAGUUAUGUAAACGCUAGCAAUAGCGGAAAUAUAAGAGUGAGUAAAGGAAGUGGGUUGUCCCCUGCGUUUGUGCCGCUUAUCGGCGCAGGAGCCACGGUGCAGACGCCAAGUUAUCGCGUUAACGGCAGCUCCAUCAGCAGUAGCUUAAUAGCCGAUAGUGUGCUUUUAAAUUCUUCUUCGCCUGCGAGUACGCUGUUCAGCUUAAACGGAUCCAGCCCGCUGGACGUCAGCUUGGCAGGAAGUGCGACUAGUUUCGGAGUGACGGAUAAUUUUAGUUUACCUUUCAAUACCUACGUGCAGAAAGAAUUUAUUUUUGAUCGGACCGAUGUGAGAGUGAUUUUUAUAACGCUGUACUCGUUGGUAUUUUGUUGCUGCUUUUUCGGAAAUUUACUCGUUAUUCUGGUGGUGACGAUGUCGCGGCGGUUGCGCUCAAUUACGAAUUUUUUCCUGGCAAACCUAGCUGUAGCUGAUCUCUGCGUCGGAGUCUUUUGUGUGAUGCAAAAUCUCACCAUCUACCUGAUUGAAAGCUGGGUCUUCGGCGAUUUCCUAUGCAAGAUGUAUCAGUUUGUGCACUCGCUGAGCUACACGGCUUCGAUAUUUAUCCUGGUGGUGAUCUGCAUGGAGCGCUACUUUGCCAUCAUCCAUCCCAUCACGUGCAAACAAAUACUGACAUCCCGAAGGUUAAGGUUGGUCAUCGUUGCUGUGUGGAUUACGUCGGCCGUCUAUUCCGUGCCAAAGUUCAUCUUUGUCCGGACGAUUACCAAUAACCUGGGCGACGACCAGCUGGAAACAAUCUGUAUUGUCAAUAGAAAAGCGUUCAACUCGGAGCUCUUCGAUAUCAUUAAUUUUGCCUUACUAUAUCUUCUGCCGCUGCUAGUCAUGAUGAUCCUGUACAGCCGGAUAGCGAUAGCACUGUGGAAGAGCUCCCGGGGACUGGAGCGGCAUAUUGCCCUGCAGAACACCACCUCAUCCAGCUACUCGGCCAACUUCAACCGGAAGCCCAGCAGCAAAUACGAGAAACGAACCGUCGGAGUUACCGAAAGUCAGGUUUCGGUUGAAUCGGACAAAGUGGUUGUGACAACCUGGCGAUCACAAAAUAGCUUCCACCAGCGCCACCACGGAACGCAGCUAACGCAGAUGUCCCAUUCGUCCAACAAUGUACUGAGGGCGAGACGCGGGGUCAUCCGAAUGCUGAUGGUUGUGGUGCUGACGUUUGCUCUGUGCAAUUUGCCCUUUCAUGCGCGCAAGAUGUGGCAAUAUUGGUCAACCGACUACAAAGGCGACUCGAACUUCAACGCAUUGUUUACGCCGCUCACUUUUCUGGUGACAUAUUUCAACUCGGGCGUCAAUCCGCUGCUGUACGCCUUUCUCAGCCGGAACUUCCGCAAGGGUAUGCGAGAGCUGCUGAUGUGCUCACUGAAGAAGAACAAAAAUCAUUCGCUCAACCAGCGGAUUCCAAUGCACAACCAUUCCUUACCAACCGAUUCAACCCAUGUAGGAUUUCCCCAAUGA